CCGGAGCCGCCCGCGAGGGGCCCGGUGGCGCCGGGGCCGUUGGGCUCUCGGCGGGGCGAAGCGCAGCUCUGGGCCGCAGCGAGCCCCGGCCGCAGCCGCCCGCCUGACGUGGAAACGCGGCAGGCUCUGGGGCGCCGGCUCUGGGGCGGGGAGCAGCCCUCGAAAUCGCGCUGUGGGCAAGUGGGAUGUGGUGGGGGGCGGCGGUUCCUGCAGAGCCCGUCAUCGCAACCCCGGCUCUGCAGGGGCGCCGGGAAGUUCGGCAGCAGGCGCCUCGGCCUCCUUCCUGGUUUCGGGACUCACGUGGAGGAGUUUCUCUGCGGCCUCCCUUGUUGCAGAAGCAGAGUGACGGCAGAAUGUGUGAAGGGCCAUCCAAGAUUUCUGGACCCAUUCCUCCAGAUCCUACACUCUUUCCAAACUAUUACAAACGUCCUUUCUCAGCCCGAGGGAGGCUGGAAGGGAAUGCACAGAAGCUGGAUUUUACCUCUGCCCCCCUGGACCCAGUUCCUAACCCAUAUCCCACUUUGGGCAGUGCCCGCCAGGUCCAACCAGCCCCUCGUAUUCGCCCCAGUGGAAGGGACAUUCUGGAAAAGGGGCAAAAGGGAACAGUCAGUCUCUUACUGCAGCUUGAAGGCAUCUCCCUUGACAGGGGCCUGCCAGUGAAGAGGAAGGAGUCCAAGGACCAUGAAAAGGAAAAUGUGAGGCGAAUAAAGGAGAUUCAGAAGAAAUGCAAAGAGAAAGAGCGAGCCCGUGAGCACAAUCAGCCCAAACCUGUGAAGGCUCUGUGGAAAUCCCAGAAAUAUGACAAUGUGGAAUCAAAGGUGAAGGCCAAACUUCAGGAAAGCUCCCCACCUCCAAAUCCAGAGGCUGUGAAAUUCCUGAGGGCAUAUUCUCGAUGUGGCCCUGGGAUCAAGCCAUGCAGGCCGCUCUCUCCAAGCCUUGCCAGAAUGAAAGCAGAGGCAGACACAGAGGCUCCAGAGGCACUAGGUGCCGAAGCCAAGAUCCAGGUGGAGGGCAAGAGCGUCGACUUCAUUAAACACAAUGCCCGCAACGCCAAGCGGGCCCCAUUGCGGCGUUCCCACUCAUUGCAAACCUUGGCUGAGCUGCUGGAACAGAAACACCGGGAGCAGGAAGAGUACAACACCAAACAAAAGGGCCACGUCCCCCAGUACCUGUUGGAGAGGAAGGAGCUGUGGCGCAGACAGUUGGAGGAGCAGCAGCGAAACCUGCCAGAUCCUGACACUCCACCUGGUCAUACCAUGAUGCCUGAGGGCCAGCGGUUGGAGACCCUCAGCAAUCUGAAGCAGAGCCAAGAACAGCUGGUGAAGGACCUGGUGAUGCUUCCAGUGCGUGCAGACACCCUCAGCAUUCAGAAGAGGCGGAUGGAGCUGGAAAGAAAGCUAUCCCAGAUAGAGGAGGCCCUCAAAAUUUUCUCCAGGCCCAAGGUUUUCAUCAAACUAGACUCUUGAGCCAUUGGGGGUUGGGUGUGUUGUGCUGCUUUUUGUGAACAUCCUUCAUCACUGGAGAAGGGCUGGAGUCAGUUUGGGAGGGAGGAAGACAAGUUCAGGACACUGGGCCCAUGCAGGUGCUGAUAUGUUGUCUAAUGUCCAGUCUGCAUCUUGUGCUCACCCUCCAAAGUUGUCUCAUCAAGGGGAAAGGGAGGGAGGUGAGCUGAUUUAUUGUCUCUGCACAGUGUGGAGAACAGUUGUUUCUGUACUGCUUGACUUCUCACAGAGAUCUGCUCUGUGUGCUCUUGAUCCACGGGAUGGAUCUCAUCAUCUCUUAUUUCCCUGUUUCUGGAAACUGGUAGGAGGUCUCCCAUGCUGCUGCCUCUAGGCCUGGUGCUCCUUGUGCCCCUUUUUCUCCUUAACUAGUCCAUGGGCAUAGCUCAUUCCUGGCACCUCUACACUUGGCUGCAUUUAGAGGCAGCCUGACCAGCUGCAGCCACAAAAAAACCAAAAGAAAACAACAAAAAAAAAAAAACCCACCAACUGUGCUGCAUGUCUGCCAUGCGUGUCCUGGGCCUCAGUGCUGACCUAUCUUGAGCAUGCAGCUGGUACCUGUAUACCCUCUGACCUGCUGGAUGUGUUCAGCAGCUCAGGGACAGCUCAAGGGAAAGGGGCAUAGUGCUCCAGUUCUGCCCUCUCAGGGAAGAGCUGGGGCAGCAGCAGGGGAAUCUGUCGGUAGCUAAGCCAACAGAAUGUCUGGAGAAACCUUCAUUGUCCAUGGGGCAGGAUGUGCUCCAAUAAAGUAUCGUUUCCCUCCA